GUUAAAGUUAUUGAGCUAGAUGGGCUAGGCUAGGCCCGAUAAACUCACCCUUUCUCUGUUCUUCUCGGGACUAGCCAACAGUCUGGCACUUUCGUGCGUUCUCAGCAAACAAACCCAUGAAAUCGUACGUUUCUGGAACUGAUUCGAGAAUCUCUUUGCUCUAAUUUCUCUUUGAUGGCGAGUCCUCGAUAGGAGAGUGGAAGCGAAGACGAAGAAAAUGAUGGUGCGAGAUAUGAACUAUCGAAGGGAGAAUCGUGCCUCAAGAUCGUCUCUCUUCGAUGGCCUUGACGGACUUGAGGAAGGUCGCUUGAGAGCUUCCUCUUCGUAUUCUCAUGAUAUCACCGAACGCGACAAUGACGAAGCCCUGGAAAAUCUGCAGGACAGAGUUUCGUUUCUGAAGAGAGUGACCGGAGACAUACAUGAAGAAGUUGAGAAUCAUAAUCGUUUGCUUGACAAAGUGGGGAACAAGAUGGACUCGGCGAGGGGGAUAAUGUCAGGAACAAUCAACCGUUUCAAGUUGGUCUUUGAGAAGAAGUCUAAUCGAAGAAGUUGCAAGCUCAUAGCGUAUUUUGUGCUCUUGUUCUUGAUCAUGUAUUACCUUAUUAGGCUAUUAAACUACAUCAAAGGGUGAUUUUUGGAUACAAAGAAGAAAGAAGAUUGUUACAUCAAUACACGUUUCGUUUUGGGAAUCUGAAACAAAUAACUUUCAUUUUUUGGGUUUCUCCUGAUGAAUGAAAGAUUCAGACACAUUGAACUAGUCAAGGGACCCAUAUUGAAACAAGACAAAGAAAGAGAUUGUGAAGGGACUGGUGAACCGAAAGAAAAAAAAUGGUAGAUAGAGACACUUCUUUUGUCCGAAGCACAAUCAUCUCAUGUCAUUUCAUGUAAUGUAGUAAAAAGCUUCUUUAUGAUUUGUCAUUUAUCAACUAUUUGUUCACAAACAAACAAGGUAUUGGAUCGUGUUUAACGAUUUUGUCUACAAAAAGCUUAAUUGAUUGAUAAGCUUUAUAAUUAGGUUAUUGUGAAAAACUUUAGCA